UUAACUCGUGGGUCGUAAUAUACUGCCAUCAACGGCAUUGGGGAUUACCCAAAACCCACAGCGGUUGACGAACUUUACGAGACGAGUAAGGCAUUAGGGUCUACGAGAGACGUUUUCAUCAGAAAGAGAUACGAUACAAAUCAAUUCUCAGGAUGUGUUCUGCCCCGACCAAUGUCGAUAUAUCUGCGACUUUCCAAGUUAUAGAACAUAAAUUUCUUGGUCAGCAUAUCCGUGAGUAUCCUAAGGCUACGACCACCAGUCAAGAGGACCCACUUUCGAUCAUAGCGAAGCAAUACGUGCCGUGGGAUAACCUCGACCCAUGCCCGGGAGCUAUAAGUAUCAUUUCCGCUCAUGCCAAUGGAAUACCGAAGGUAUCACUGGAGUACCAAAACGUGGUCAAAAGAAUAUACCUGACGAAUGUUUCCAGGAGGUCUACGAACCGUUAUGGGUGGAGAUCUACCAAUCAGCCAAGAGAGCGGGAUUGCAGUUACGGGGGAUAUGGAUAGCAGAUGCCACCCAUCAGGGUGCAAGCGGUGUCCUUAAUGAAGAAAAGUUAGGGAACGACCGUACGUAUCAUUUUAUUUUUAU